UAGAGUUUCCACCAACAUAAUAACUUUCCAAAACCCUUAUAGCUAACUUAAUUGAUCCUGCCAUGGCAUUGAAGAUUAGCUUGAGGGGUUUUGUGACAUUUGUUCUUCCACUAUUAUCUCUCUCCAUGCAGAUCACUCUUGGAGGGAUAGAAUGUGAGGGACUAGGCCAAGACAAGUGCUCAUUCGCGGUGUCAUCAGCGGGAAAACGGUGCGUUUUGGAGAAGCACGUGAAGAGGAGCGGCGAGGAGGCAUAUGUUUGCAGAACAUCGGAGAUCGAAGCAGACAAACUUAAGGAUCACAUAGAGACAGAGCAAUGCACCAAUGCUUGUGGGUUGGACAGAAUGUCCCUCGGAAUCUCCUCAGAUUCUCUUCUUGAUUCUCACUUCACCAACAAGCUCUGCUCCCCUCCUUGUUACCAAUCUUGCCCUAAUGUUGUUGAUCUGUACUUCAAACUCGCGGCGGCUGAAGGUUUAUUUCUUCCCAAGCUAUGCGAAGCAAAAGGUGCAAAUGCGAAACGAGCAAUGGCUGAAGUGAAAAGCUCUGGUGCUGUGGCAUAGCAUAUAGAUAUUAAUUCAUUCAUCAUCAGAAAAUUAAAGUGUGUUAAUUUGUUGGUAAUUAAUAAUUAUUAAGGGUAACACCAAGUGAUAUAUGAUACAGGAGUUACCUUGCCAUGUUGAUCGUUAAUUUGUUCAUUAAUUUGUUGUACUACUAAUCAAGUCAUUUGCUGGAUGAAGCUAACUAUGUCUUCACAGCAAUAAAGUGUUACAUAUAUUAAUUAAUUAAUGAUCGUGAAUUAAAA